AUGUUGAGCUAUCACCAUCUUUCUCCACAUCUGAAGAGGUGCUUCGCAUAUUGUGCUUUAUUUCCAAAGGACUUUGAAUUUGAAAAGAUUGAUUUGGUUAAAUUGUGGAUGGCAGAAGGUUUUGUGCAAUCAAAAGAGACGAAACGUCUUGAAGAUAUAGGAGUAGGGUACUUUGAUGAUCUCUUUAUGAGGUCUUUCUUUGAGCUAUCUAAUCAUCCUUCUGAAUCCAACAAACCAACAUGGCCAUACUAUGAUGAAUUCUCUUACGAAAAAGCACAAUUUGUAUUCAAAUUACGGUCCUAUCAUAAUGGAAAAGCCGAUGAAUAUUUUUCCCAAAAUGAUAAUUUAAGAUCAUCAAAUUUGUUUGUGAUGCAUGAUCUCAUCCAUGAUUUAGCACAAUUUGUUUCAAGUGAGAUAUAUUGUAGAAUAGAGGACGGUAAGUCAUCCAAAAUUUCUGCAACAACUCGUCACUUGUCUUAUCAUAUGGAUGGCCCAAUGAAAAGUUUCAGUGACACCAAAGAAACGAAGAGCUUACGCACCAUUCUAUUUUCCGAUGAAUUUUUCUCAUCUAAGCCAUAUUUACCCACUACACACCAACACCUACGUGUACUUCGUUUGGUUGGCUGUUCAAUUUGUGAGUUGCUUCAUUCAAUUGGAAAUUUGAAACAUCUAAGGCUUCUUGAUCUCUCGAGUUGGACUGAAAUUGAGAGUUUACCUGAUUCAAUUGGAAGUUUGUACAAUUUACAAACGUUGAUCUUAAGUUGGUGCCAGCAGCUUAGAGAGUUACCAAAAGAUAUGGGUGACCUCGUCAACCUUCGCCAUCUCUUCCUCCCCGAUCAAUUUUCAGGGAUCGAGAAAAUGCCAUUGAGAUUUGGAAGUUUGACUAAUCUUCAAACAUUAACUGAAUUUAUUGUGGCCUUGCAUACUAGUGACUCUGGUAGAAUUGGAGAAUUGAGGAACUUGUCCCAACUCCGGGGGACCCUAAAAAUUUCAAAUUUGGAAAAUGUUGGCAAUACCAGGCCAGAUGACAUUGAAGCCAAUUUAAAGAAUAAACCACACCUUCGUGAGUUACAGUUGUGCUGGAGUGAUUAUGAAAGCAAAGAUAGAUUUCCUAACUCACGAAAUGAAAAAGUUGAGGAGAAUGUACUUGACCAACUGCAACCCCACACCAAUAUUGAAAUGCUAAGAAUUGUCAGUUAUGGUGGUACAAGAUUUCCAAGUUGGGUAGGCCACCGUUCCUUCUCAAAUUUGGAGGCUGUUAUACUCCUUGAUUGUCAUAAUUGCAUGGUCUUGCCUUAUCUAGGGCAAUUGUCCUCUCUCAAAUUCCUCAUGAUCGACGGUUGCAGUGCUCUAAAAAUAACAGGUGAUGAUGAUUCAUCAGUGAGUAAGAAAUUCCAAUCAUUGGAGACACUGAUUAUUUAUCAUAUGACUGAGUGGGAGGAGUGGCUUGAGGUGGUUGAAGAAGAACAUGAUGGAGAAGAUUUCCCUUGCCUGCAUAAGCUAACAAUAAGAGAUUGCCCCAAGCUGACUACUGUCUCUCACCGCUUUUCUAGCCUGGUAACAUUGACAGUAGAAAAUUGUAAUGAACUAAGAGAACUUCCUAGGAUCCUUCCUUCAUUGCGGCAACUCAAGAUUGAAGUAUGUGAAAAAUUACUUGUCCUUCCGAGCCUUCCAUCCAUUCAGAGUUUGCUACUAUAUGAAUGUCACCAGAUAACAACUUUGUUUGGCUCUCAGCAUCCAUCAUCACCAUCAUCAUCAUCAUCACCGCAUGUUUGUGUUUCCAACAUCGAGGAAGAUGGUGAAGGAGAAUUCCGUUGCCUACGUGAGCUAUAUAUCUUAUGCUGUUCCAACUUGAGAAAAUUACCACGCACCAUUCCUUCCUUGGUGAAACUCAGGAUAGAAGAUUGUGAGGAACUCUCUUUCCUUCCGAUGCUUCCAUCAAUCGAGAAAUUGGUGUUGAAGCAAUGCAACAAAUUGGAAGUUGGGAAGGUGUCAGAAUUCUCAUCACUUUCCUACUUGUGCAUGAAAGAUGUUUCAAAUCUCUCGUCGCUACCUUGUGGAUACUUCCGAUCACCGACAGCACUUCAACAAUUAGAAAUUUAUUCCUUCAAUGAGCUGAUGAUGGUUGGACUUCAACACCUCACUUCACUUAAGCGUUUGGUCAUUAGCAACUGUCCUAAACUUUUGUCCUUCUUGCCAGACAAUGAUGAGGAGGAGGGAGAGGGGCUGGACCUUCCUUCUUGCAUUGAAUAUUUGGAUCUUUCCUAUUGUGACAGCCUGAAGAAGCUACCACAGAGCCUGUACAACCUCCAUUGCCUUAAAGAACUAAUAAUUAAAGGGGAUGUAGGACUCGCAUGCUUGCCUAAGGGGCUGGACAAACUCACGUUACUCCAGAAAAUGCAGAUUUCAUAG